UGCUUCCUGUUGGAUACGUGGCUCGGGGGGCGGCCAUAUUGUGCGGACACCGAAAGGCCCGAAACAGGAGGCGAGCUAUACACCGUUGGAGACAGUAACCAUGGUGCUGCUGGCCGCAGCGGUCUGCACCAAGGCCGGUAAGGCUAUUGUGUCACGGCAGUUUGUGGAGAUGACACGCACUCGUAUAGAAGGGUUGCUAGCUGCAUUCCCCAAGCUCAUGAACACAGGAAAGCAGCACACAUUUGUGGAAACAGAAAGUGUCCGAUACGUGUACCAGCCUAUGGAAAAACUCUACAUGGUCCUGAUCACCACCAAGAACAGCAACAUCCUUGAAGACCUUGAGACACUCCGGCUAUUCUCUCGGGUGAUCCCAGAGUACUGUCGAGCUCUAGAAGAAACUGAGAUCUCUGAUCAUUGCUUUGAUUUGAUCUUCGCCUUUGAUGAGAUUGUGGCUCUAGGCUAUAGGGAAAAUGUGAAUCUGGCUCAAAUCCGAACAUUUACAGAGAUGGACUCUCAUGAGGAAAAGGUGUUCCGGGCUGUGAGAGAGACUCAGGAACGUGAAGCCAAGGCAGAGAUGAGACGCAAGGCCAAGGAACUCCAACAGGCUAGGAGGGAUGCAGAGCGCCAGGGUAAAAAAGCUCCAGCAUUUGGUGGGUUUGGGAGCUCCGGUGGUUCCUCUAUGUCCAGCAAUGCAGCAACCCUUAUUACAGAGACUAUCAUGGAGCCGGAGAAGACAAAAACUGCAGCAAUACCGUCCAGGCCUACAGGUUCUGGAAAAGCACUUAAACUUGGGGCCAAAGGCAAGGAGGUGGAUAAUUUUGUGGAUAAGUUGAAAUCUGAGGGAGAGACCGUUGUCUCUCAAUCGUCUGGCAAGAGGCCAUCAGAAGUGGUCAAAGUGUUGGCCCCUCCAGUUAACACAGAAAGUGUGCACUUGAAGAUUGAAGAGAAAAUCUCACUGACAUGCAGCCGGGAUGGAGGUCUGCAAAAUAUGGAAGUCCACGGGAUUAUUAUGCUCAGAGUAUCAGAUGACAAAUUUGGGCGGAUCCGUGUACACAUUGAGAACGAAGACAAAAAAGGAGUGCAACUGCAGACUCACCCAAAUGUGGACAAAAAACUCUUCACCUCAAACUCUUUGAUAGGACUGAAAAACUCAGAGAAAUCUUUCCCUCUCAAUAGUGAUGUUGGAGUUCUCAAAUGGAGGCUACAAACCACAGAUGAAGCCCUCAUCCCUCUUACCAUUAACUGCUGGCCAUCAGAAAGUGGUAACGGCUGUGAUGUAAACAUAGAAUAUGAGCUGCAGGAGGACAGUUUGGAGCUGAAUGAUGUGACCAUAACAAUCCCACUUCCUGCUGGUGUUGGAGCUCCAGUUAUUGGGGAUAUAGAUGGAGAUUACCAUCAUGACAGCCGGAGGAAUACCCUGGAGUGGACGCUGCCAGUGAUUGAUUCCAAGAACAAGACUGGCAGCCUCGAGUUCAGCAUUGCCGGCCACCCAAAUGACUUUUUCCCUGUUACUGUGUCCUUUGUGUCUAAAAAGAAUUACUGCAACUUACAGGUGACUAAAGUGACACAGGUUGAUGGGAACAGCCCUGUAAGGUUUUCCACAGAAACAUCCUUCUUGGUGGAGAAAUAUGAGAUCCUGUAACCAGUCCCAGGCUAUGGGAUCAGCUACCGUGAAUAAUACUUUACUUUGUUUGCAAUUUUCGGAUAGCAGCGCCUGAAGGAUUUUUUUUUAAUUUUUUUUUUGGCCUGAUUUAUACUGUCACACAGAAAAAAACGAUUUUACUUUACCGAAAAUGUUGUGUACCCUAUCAUUGAAGGGGACACAUGCAAAAUUCUGUGUUUUUCCACAAUAUGAAUCCAUUUGUUGGUAAAGGGGACUUCAGACCAGUAUUCUGCAGCCCCCUUGCAGCAAAGGACUUAACAUUUGACACCUCACAUCUCAAUAUUUUGGGGGUGUAAAGAUUGCAAUAUAAAAAUAAUUUAUAUACUGAAGUCCUAGUUAUAUUAACAUUUCCUGAAUUAUUAUUUUUACUUUUUAUGUUGUCAAAAAAAAAAAAAACACUUGUUCCCAUUUAAUUAUUUUUUUGAGGGGGGAGGGGCUGGCAUUGUUUGGGAGCUCGUAUGAUAAUUUGGGGAAGAGGGAACGAUGAUCUUUUGUAACCCUGUAUAAAACAUAGAGGAUAUGCACAUUCCAGAGUUCAAACAGAAAAAUGCAUUCUGUAAUCCAAUAAAGAAAUUAAACCUA